AGUUAUCUCGGAUCACCUUCCAGGGAUUUACUAUCAGAAAAAUUUUAUGACGAUUUAAAUCACAAUACUGAUGGUUCAGAUAAAUACAUUAAGCAUUGUAAUUCAUUAAGUUCUGUGCACAAAGGAAGAAUUUUUAGAAUAUAUUGUGCCCAGCUGUUAAAAUAUUUAGAAACAAAAUAUAAAAAGCCACAUGAACAUAAUAACGAAUACGACGAUUGCACACUUUUAAACUAUUGGAUAAUCGGAAAAUUAGUUCAAUUUUAUGGUUCUAAUAGGGAUCGCUAUUUUCUCCAAGCAUUUGGUAAAUUGCAACUGAUAUGGAGUAGUAUUAUUCCUUAUGAUUCCAGCACAAAUUCUAAUAAUAUAUGUAAGCCUAUAUUUGAUAUCUAUAAACAGGAUGAUUGGUAUAAAAGAAAAGAAUUUUACGAUUAUUGUGUGGAUUACGAUACAGUUUUAAAAACUGCUAAUUUAUAUGAUAGUCAAUGCGAAGCAUAUUAUAAGUACAUUGAAAGUAAAAUUCCAAUAUAUGAAUAUAUUAAAAAACUCUGUACAUCAGAAAGUACAUAUGCAUGCCCGAAAUUUUAUGAGGAAUGUAAAGAAUUCGAUCCCAAAAUUUUGUUAUCUAAGCUAAAUUGUCAUAGUACAAUGCAAGAAAAAAGGCAGCUCUUGAAAAACUAUUAG